UGGCAGAGCCUCCUUAGACAGAAAACAUUGAACGAAUUGCCUCUGUGCCUCCUCAGAUUGCUUGAGAUUAAAUAGUUUCUAAAUCAAUUCUCUGAAACUCUGAAAGGGUCCAAAUGUGUAUCUGAGGUUCUCGAGAAUCAGGGUUAUUUUGAGUCCUGAUGUUUUCCUGCUUCUCUCUCUCUCUCUCUCUCUCUGUUUCUCUCUCAGCAUGUGAAUCAUGCACUUCUCAUUGUCGCUUAGAUCUGAUCAGCGUCAGCCUGCAAUGCAAGCACAGUCAAACACAUUUACAGCACAGACAGACGAGCAGCUGUGAUCACUGACUCCAGCCUCCAUCCAGAUCGGUCGAAAUUUCUGAUAACACGGCUUUGUCAUGGCAGCAUUCGUGAUCCCCAUCAGGUGCGAGUCACAGUGAAAAAGGUGAAGAUGGAAGGUCCACAAGUUGUCAACACUGAUGGCAACUCCUUGCUUAAGGCUGUCUAUCUAAGUCGUCUCCGUCUAACACGGCUACUCCUGGAAGGAGGCGCUUAUAUUAAUGAGAGUAAUGAGUGCGGCGAAACUCCCUUGAUGGUCGCCUGCAAGACAAGGCAUGUGGACCACCAAAGUGUUUCAAAGCCGAAGAUGGUUAGGUACCUGCUUGAAAGUGGUGCUGAUCCGAACAUCCAAGACAAGAGUGGGAAGACGGCUCUAAUGCACGCCUGUUUGGAGCAAGCCAGUCCUGAGGUGGUGGCGCUGCUCUUGGGUAGCGGGGCGGAUCCGUGUCUUGAGGACCACACCGGUUCUUCGGCUCUGAUUUACGCCAUCAAUGCCAGCAAUGAAGAAACUCUGAAAAUCUUGAUGGAUGCCUGCAAAGCCAGAGGAAAAGAGGUCAUCAUCAUCACCCCUGACAAACUGGCAUGCGGAAGGCAAAUGGCGAAACAGCACUUACCUAUUCCUCCGCUUGCAAUGGUGGAACAAUGGAGUCCUACAAUUGUUCCCUGUGCUUCUCCAUCUGACAUUCUCCUCACUACAUCUCCACAGGGCACUCUUUCUUCUAGUUUAACAGAGCACAUGUUUUCCUUCCAGGACCUCCGAAGCAUGACUAAUUCCCAGCCAACUUCUCCAUCCCACCAGGUUUCCCUGGUAAACAGUCGGUUGAGCAAAAUCCAUGGCAAUCUCCAAAGAUUACACUCAGAGCCUUGGCUGAAGAUCCCACAGUCUUUCUUGGCCCAACAGAAUGCCAACAGCACCUCCGCUACAGAGGUACUCCCGGACAUCACGCCUGAAGAGGAAAUGACUUUCACGAUGAACAGAUUGGCUUUUGGUAACACGCCACUAUCACGGCAUUGCAGUGUUGAUUUGAAAGAAACCAACUCUUUGAGUCAAACUCGACGACAAGGAAGAAAUGGUGAAGGUUUAAGACUGGAAGGAGCACUGUGCCGAAACAUGUCUUUUGACAGCUUAUCAUCCCUGCACUCUUUAUCCCAUCCCAAUCUUCAUUGCAAAAGCAGCGCGGAAGCUUUACCGGCUGAGAAGUUCCCAGACAAAUCCCUGCCAAAUUUGGCAGUGUCCAGUCUGCGCAACAUCAUCCAGAGAAGGAAUCUAGGAAUGGACCACUACAGCUCUGAUUCCCAACUAUCGGUGAGCCUCGCCAACUCUCGAGAAGACCGCAAAGGACAGCUUGAGAAGAGAAAACUUGCUAACUCGCGUUCUCCUACCUUGGUGGGGUCCAGGGAAUCUCUUGAGAGUGCUUCAUUGACGCAGUCGCAAAGGAGGAAUCCCAUCGGCUACGAGCGUUGGGGCUCGGGGGUGCUUUUGGAUCCCAUCUCCCAUCCACGAGCUGGUUUCCUCCCUCCGCUGAACCAGCAUGCACCAAUCCCAAAUAUCAUUGGAAGUGGCAAUCCAAGCAGCAUCCACACCGGCAACAAAGCGGUAUGUGGCGUAGCGGCAGGGACAAAGCCCUACAUUCCCUCGGCUCCUGCGGGUUUUCCAAAGGAUCCCAAGACCAGGAGGAUGUUGAUGAGAAGACACUCCAUGCAAACGGAGCAGCUCAAGCGACACGGUGACUUCACCGAAAUUUUUGGACACUGAAUGGUUGCCAUUAUAAACAUUCUGACCAUAACAAAGGCAUCAAUUCGCACCGACACCAAAUGAUUGCUGGUCACUGAAAUGGAAACAAAUAACAUCUAUACUCUUAAAUCUAAUCCAAAACAAUUUUAAACAAGAAUCCUUAAGGUGAGAUCACAUUAACUACUGCUUUUAGAAAUUUCAUGGACAAAAUCCAGUCAUUCCUAUAGGAAUCGGCAUGUGAGUUUCACGUAGAUAUUUACUUUAUACAGAUUUCACAUGUUCUAGAAGUUUACGUAAAUCUGCUUGGUAUGAAAGUGACUUCUGUGAAAGCAGUGCUUUAUACAUCUCUGCACUGCUGACAAUGGUCUUUUAUUAUUUUUUUGCAUGUGAAAUUUCACUGAUGUGACGGCACCUUAACAGUCAAAUACGACUUAACAAAAACAAUUAAAUGUGGCUAGAGCUUCAAUAGCUAAGAAAACAGGACACAAAAACAUUAAAAUGACUCAAAAUACAACAUUCAACUGCUGGCAUUUCUGGCAUAGACAUUCAGAUUCAUUCGUAAUACAUUUGAGUCAUUGUGUAUGGAACAUACUGUACCUUUGGUUGUGUGUUUGAUGUUCACAAUGUCUUAAAAAAUAAUAAAUUACAACAACUAUAAUGUGAGCAGUAAAUUUGCAGCAAAUCACCCAUUUAGAAAACCUCACUUCAUAUAACACUUCUCUUAGAAACAUGUUAUGAAUGAGCGUGAGACAAUGAAUUUGUAUAUUUAUCAAAAUUUUAUUCUACAUGAGAUACAUAUUAGAAAUGAAUGUUGUUUUGAAGAACAUCCUUAGGUCCCAUUCCAGACAAAUCAUCAAAUAAAUCUGUUUUUUCAAGAAUAAAUAGAUAUACAUUAUGCAAACUGAUACAUCUUUACAGCUUAAAAAUACUUUAAUUGUGAUGACUUAAUCAGAAACGGUGAGAAAAUAAUUAAACUCCCAAAAUAUUCCACAAAGCCUAAAUCUAUGGGAGAAGAUCUGAGAUGUCUAUAAAAUGCUUAAUUAACUUCACAGACAUUUAAUCUCAAUCCUUCCACAACAAUCAUCUUUAUUUCAUCUUAACAUUUGUAUUUGGCUUAUGACAGAAUUAUAGAGGCCAUCAGAUUAUUUAAAAAUACCAGUCAAUAUAUCAAAUAAACUGAUUCAACACUGUUUAUGUUGUAUUUUAUCACUAUGAAGAAAAAAAUAAUAAUAAAAAAAGAAACAAUCACUCGUCCUGUAUUUAAUUUCAUUGAUGACAGUAAAAGUGCAUUUUGCAAAUUAAUGAAUUUAAGAUGCAUAAUUUAAGAAUUAAUGGUUUAAUGGUGUCAGUUUAAUCAGAAUUCAUUUGAGGGGGGAAAAGCUUUGUUUUGCAGGUUAAAGUACAUUUUAAG